AUGUCCCUUGGUCGUUUUGUGGUUGGUAUUCAAUAUCCCUUUGGUCGUCAUAUGAACGAUGGUAUUGAUCGUCCCUUUGGUCGUCAUAUGAACGACGGUAUUGAUCGUCCCUUUGGUCGUCAUAUGAACGACGGUAUUCAAGGUCCCUUUGGUCGUCAUAUGAACGACGGUAUUCAAGGUCCCUUUGGUCGUCAUAUGAACGACGGUAUUCAAGGUCCCUUUAUUCGUCAUAUGAACGACGGUAUUCAUCGUCCCGUUGGUCGUCAUAUGAACGACGGUAUUCAAGGUCCCUUUGGUCGUCAUAUGAACGACGGUAUUCAAGGUCCCUUUAUUCGUCAUAUGAACGACGGUAUUCAUCGUCCCGUUGGUCGUCAUAUGAACGACGGUAUUCAAGGUCCCGUUGGUCGUCAUAUGAACGACGGUAUUCAAGGUCCCGUUGGUCGUCAUAUGAACGACGGUAUUCAAGGUCCCGUUGGUCGUCAUAUGAACGACGGUAUUCAAGGUCCCGUUGGUCGUCAUAUGAACGACGGUAUUCAAGGUCCCGUUGGUCGUCAUAUGAACGACGGUAUUCAUCGUCCCGUUGGUCGUCAUAUGAACGACGGUAUUCAAGGUCCCGUUGGUCGUCAUAUGAACGACGGUAUUCAUCGUCCCGUUGGUCGUCAUAUGAACGACGGUAUUCAUCGUCUCUUUGGUCGUCAUAUGAACGACGGUAUUCAAGGUCCCUUUGAUCGUCAUAUGAACGACGGUAUUCAUCGUCCCGUUGGUCGUCAUAUGAACGACGGUAUUCAUCGUCUCUUUGGUCGUCAUAUGAACGACGGUAUUCAUCAUCUCUUUGUCGUCAUAUGA